CAUGACUCUUUAAUUUGAAAAUGAUCAAAUAGAAAGAAUUUAUGAAAGCGAAGGAAAAAUAUAGCUUAUAUAUGAUUAUACAACCAUGUAAGGAGGGAAGUAUUAAUUUUGUUUUGAAGAUAAACUUGGAUUAUAUAAUGAAAUUUAUUUUGAAUAUUUAAUUGGAAUUGAAGCUAAUGACAUGCAUGAAAUAGCUUAAAAAUCAGAUUUAGCUCUUAUAUAAGAAACACUCAAUAAUAUUUAAGCUAAAUUAUAGUUUAUGAAAUAAUAAUUGAUUAUUUUUUCUUAAGUUAAAUUAGAGAACAUUUUUAGCUUAGAGAGCUUAUAUUAUUAUAUUGUGAAAUCUGACUUUAUUGGUUUUGGUAUAAUUUUCAUAUUGAUUAUUAUGGAGGUAUAUAUUUUGAAAAGGAAGAUAUUAAGGAAAAAAAUAUAAUGA